GGUGGAUACUGUGUGUCCAUACUAUCACCUUAAACUUUAAGUUAACUUCCAUUAUCCUCUCUGCCUAUAAAAGGACCCCACAAGGCCAUCACAGAACCCUACCCAGCAGCCAUUUCUACAUUUUAGUCUCGCUCGUUCAAGCCAAGCAAAUAGGGGAUUGAGUAUAACAACUGGGCGCAGCCAAAAAAUAAUGAGUACUAAAGGAGAGCCGAAGGUUCAUCACUGUGGUAUUGCGAUUUUAGAUCCAAAUGACAACUCUGGAGGGAAUCCAGGGGGUUCUUACAAUGCAAUGGCUACAAAAGGGCAGCAAUCUAACAGUCAGCAAUGGAUUUCCAGGAACAGCAUUGUGGACAAGCAGACUGGUUCAUAUGCUAAGACAACUGUGAAGCAGAGCUAUUCUUCUGGAGAUGUAUUCAAGGAGAGGUCCACUGGUAGAGUUGGUCACAAGGAUGAGUUAAAAACAACUAGUACUUUUAAGGUGGGUGACAAAAGUGGUUACUACGAGUACCAGGUGGAGGAGAGGUUUCGCAAGGUCGAUUAUGGGAAUAGCAGCAGCAGCAACAAGAAGUAUUUGAAGUAGUUAUAUAAUUGUGUUUGAUGGUCAUCUAGUAAUAUGGAGUUUGAACUUUCUAUAUAGGUUAUGUUGCUUUCUAAGAUUGAAUUGAUAAUGACUUUUCAGUGGUUCUGUUGCUUUACUAUGCAAAUGUGGCUAUGUUUCUAAGAUACUAAGUGUUUGCUUUUUAAUGUGCUUGUUAUGUCAAUUUCUGUCAUGUUAGUUCUCCUUAUGGCUAAUGCUUAUUAUGGUAUUAGCAGAUGCAUUUUUUUUUAAUGAUAUACUUUCUUUCUGCA